GCCAAGGUGCGACGCUCUCGCUCCUCUGACGUAAACAGUCUUGGCUCGGUGGCCGCCGCGGAAGCAUUAGGAAGGAGCGCUCCGGCCGUCGGGUUACUUGCGGCGCGGUUGCCGACGGAAGCGCAAGUCCUGCACGAAGGUCGACAUGAGAGUGGGAACGAGGGUCGCUGCCUGCCUUCUGGCGUCAUGUCUGGUGGCGCUCGGUGGGCCCCUCGUGGGCUGUGAGGCUUCUCCCGCCGGCGUGCCUGAGGCCCCUGCGGGUCCCAUGCCGCGGGAUGUGUCUACUGGGGAAGGCCGCACGCCCUCCGAAGGAAGCGGGAGAGUGGCGAAAAGAGAGGUGGGAGCGGAGGGGGAGCACGCGAAUGAGUGCCACGAAGUGGAAGUGUUGACCAACAAGACGUUUCAGCCGAUCAGGAACGUCAGGCAGUUGCACUACACCUUCUUCCUGCGGCCACGGCCGGAGUUUAAAGACAUCAAGUUCAACAUGAUGAUCGACAACCUGUGGAACCUGGCGCGGCCGUACGAGAGCUCUGAAUCCAUCGUGUUCUCGCUGGCCGACGUGGAGGAGGCGGCCGAGCGCCAGAGCUGGGUCGAGAUCACGGCCAACUACUUCAAGCACGAGGUGAUUAACGGCCGCGACAAGCACGGCCUGAGGGUGACCAUCGGGAACGUGACUCGCGAGAUGAUCUCCAGCCGCUGGUGGCGAACGCACACCUUCGAAGGGUUCCUUGUAUCCGCCAGGGGCCCCGCCACGUUACUCUUCGACUGCCCGCCGCAGGAGGUGGCCGCCCCCGUGCCCGUGCGCCACAUGAGGACGCCCGUGUUGAUGGGCGGCAUCCUGGUGCUGGCCUUCCUGCUGGUGGUCGUGCCCUGGGUGUGCUUCGUGUGCAGGAGGCGUGCCAACGCAGACCUCAGCGAAGCCCCGGACGUCCCGCCGCUCCCCAAGUCUCUUCAGCUCCUAGAGAAGAACAAGGUAAGCAAGUGCCCGGACCAGGACAACGUGUACGAGGAGUUCGACGAGGACACCCUCUCUCGCCUCCGUCAGAAGCUUUACCCUCAGAACCUCCGGGGGGAGAAGGAAGGCGCGGGAGACUCCGAGACGCCCGUGUACCAUCACUACGAGAAGCUGGGCAAGCCUCGUCCCCUCCUGCGGCAGAAGGCGGUGGAGACGACGGAGAAGAGCGCCCCGGCGGAGAACUACUACGAGAACGCCCCCACGAUGUCGCUGAGGGAGGAGAAGGAGAAGCUGAGGAAGGAGGACCGCCAGAGGAGCCUGAGCGAGAGCCACUACGUCGAAAUGCAUGGGAUUCUCAACCGGCGUUCGUUCGAUUUUUCGAAGUGAGCUGGGUCGAGAGGAAGGUGUGGGUUCGGGUGCCGUUAGAGGACUGGAUCUUCUUUCCUUUAUACUUUUGAUUCGAUUCGACGAAGGGAGUUGGGCGUGUGCGAAGAGGGUUGGAUCUCCUAUCGUUUCUAUUUAGGGUUGUUUGGGUUUGAAGGCGUGAUUGUAUUUACCAAGGUUCGUGUUUGUGUGUAGUAAGAGGGCAGAAAUAAGGCCUAGACCUUGGGUAGAACGACGAUCAUGAUUCUCCAAAAUAAGCAAUGGGAAACUGUGCCUUCGUUGUGUUUCAUGUUUGGUCUUGAAGCCACAAUUACCUCAUCACAAGCACGUAUUCAUACUCGGUGUUUAUGCGAACAGCCGGACCAACAAGAGCAUCAGAGACAAAACAAUCAGACACGAAGCAGAGAAUCCACAUCACCUCUACUUAUCCAAGUGAACAUGGACUGGAGGGGGAUAAUAUCAGAUAAAAGACAAGAUCCAAACAGGCGUAUUCUGACCGAAACCGGAUCUGAAGUCAGGUCAGCGUCCUCGGGCAAAGGAACAAACUGACCUGAACCCGACCAAGCCCUCUCGCCUGUCACCUCACACCACUUCCUUCUCAGAAGUCGACGGAUGAAGAAGCUUGUUGUGCGAUCAUACUCCUCCCUCUGUCAUGUUUUUAUUUUGUUUUCUCUUAUCACUCUAAGAAAAUU